UCUCACAUGCCCUCUCGCUUGGAUAGCUCACAGUCUGUCAAACACCAGACUCUUACUUCAUUCUGCUGCUUUCACACCGCUGUGUUUCUGAUAGGUUAACGCACUGACCACUGCUUGAAGAGAGUUUGUAAAAAGAAGAUCCUCCAGGUGACCUGACCUGAGCAUCCAGCUUCAUCCAACUUCAGAAGGUUUCUUGGCGGGUGGGAAGGCACCACACUGACCCGCCAUGUUUCUGGUUCUGGUGGUUACAGAGGAGCUGAGGGAGUUUCUGGCCCGGGCACGAAACGGAACCGGCCGCCUCAUCCAGGUGUUGAUCAGAGACGAGCAGCUGGUGCUGGGGGCGUACAGAGAACCCCGUCACAGUUGGGACAAAGACUACGACCCAGUCCUACUCCCCCUGCUGGACCCGCUCGAGCCCUGCUAUAUCUUAUACCGGCUGGACUCCAAAAACGCACAAGGCUAUGAGUGGCUCUUCAUCUCCUGGUCUCCGGACCAGUCGCCUGUCCGACAGAAGAUGCUUUACGCUGCCACUCGCGCCACAGUGAAGAAAGAGUUUGGUGGUGGACACGUCAAAGAUGAGAUGUUUGGCACAGUUGAGGAGGACAUCUGUCUCCAGGGGUAUCUGCGACACAUCACUUCAUGCUCAGCACCAGCGCCUCUGACAGUGGCUGAACAGGAGCUUCAGAGAAUCAAAAUCACAGAGGUGAAGGCUGAGAUCAGUGUGGACCCCAAACAUCAGACUCUACAGGGUCUUGCUUUUCCAUUACAGGCUGAAGCCAAACGUGCUUUAAAGCAGCUCGCAGAGAGACGCAUCAACUACAUUCAACUGAAGUUAGACACAGAGAAGGAAACCAUUGACUUGGUGCACACCAGUCCAACAGACAUCCGCGACCUGCCGUGUCGGAUUCCUCUGGAUACACCCAGAUAUCACUUCUUCCUCUACAAACACUCACAUGAGGGGGAUUACCUCGAGUCUGUUGUGUUCAUAUACUCUAUGCCAGGCUACAGCUGCAGCAUCAAAGAGAGGAUGCUCUAUUCCAGCUGCAAGAGUCGACUUCUGGAUGAAGUAGAGAGAGAUUUUCAUCUUGAGGUGGCUAAGAAGCUGGAGAUUGACAGUGGAGAGGAGCUGACAGAGGAAUAUCUGUAUGAUGAGGUCCAUCCUAAACAACAUGCCCACAAGCAAGCGUUCGCCAAGCCUCGCGGGCCUGCUGGAAAAAGAGGAAACAAGCGUCUGAUCAAAGGUGGAGGAGAGAACGGCGGAAACAGCUAGAAUGAACACAAGAGAGAAAGAGAGAUACGAACUUCAGUUGCUCCAUGAACGUCCCACAGGUCCCUUUUUUCCACCCGUCUGCAGGUCAUCUGUUCAUCCUGCACGCGGAGAGAAAGAAAAAUAACAAUACUGUGCUCAGUUGUUUUUGUUUCUACUUUCUUUGGCUUGUAUUUUCAUUCAGUCUGUGUUACAGUAAUGUGCAUAUAACAGCACCCUCCGCUAAUAUCGGCACCCUUGGUAAAUAUAUCAUUUAGCCUUUUGCUCAAAAUAUUAAUAAAAAUAGUGAAGACGAUUUAGUUUUCAAUUGUUUGUUCUCAGUGAGAGCAGAAUUGUUCAUAUUUUGCACAAAAGUUUAAAAGGUAACACAAUAAAGUUAUCUUUUCAUAGGCUUUUUUUGCUCAUGUUUACCAGGAGAGCCAGUAUUAGUGGGGGGCAGUGUAUUUAGGAGACGAACUCAGGAAAUUAUUUUUUCUGUGUACAUUUUAAGAGCAUAUUUUUAUGUCAUUUCGAACGUACUUGCAGACACACUCCAAACUCUCAGCAUAUAAAAAAAGGAUUUGUGUUUAUUAGCUUGCUCAUGCCUUAAAUGUGUCUUUCAAAGAAGUUUGUCCACCUUUUUAAACCCCAAAGUCCAAGAACCUGCUGCAGAUUCAUAGAAAACGACUCAACCAUAUUCACACACUUUCAGCCAAACCAAAUGUGACACGUAGUCAGAAUAUUAUACUCGGCUACGUGAGAGUCACUCAGUUUGUUCAGUAACAGAUAUGUCGCAAUGAUUGGAUGUGUUAAAAUAUGCAGAUUUAGACAUAGAUUUCUGAUUUAUUUUAGAAUUUAUGCGUUGUAUUUUCGGGUCAAAGAUGAAAAAGUCAUUUUAUAUACAGUUGAAGUCAGAAGUAUUAAUCCUCCUGAAUUAUUAGAACCCGUUUAUUUUUUCCACAGUUUGUGUUUAACAGAGAGAAUAUUUUUUCCACACAUUUCUAAACAUAAUAGUUUUAAUAACUCAUCUCUAAGAACUGAUUUAUUUUAUUUUUUGCCAUUAUGACACUACAUAAUAUUUGACUAGAUAUUUUUCAAGACACUUCUAUACAGCUUAAAGUGACAUUUAAAGGCUUAACUAGGGUAAUUAGGUUAACUAGGCUGGUUAGGGUAUUUAGGCAAGUUAUUGCAUAAUAAUGGUUUGUUCAGUAUACUAUCGAAAAAAAAUAUUGCUUAAAGGGACUAAUAAUUUUGUCCUUAAAAUGGCUUUUAAAAAAAAUAAAAACUGCUUUUGUUCUAGCCAAAAUAAAACAAAUAAGACUUUCUCCCAAAGAAAAAAAAAAUUAUCAGACAUUCUGUGAAAAUUUCCUUUCUCUGUUAAACAUAAUUUGUGAAAUAUUUAAAAA